AAUUGGACAGAUAGAGAGAGAGAGAAGUGAAAGCUGUCUCGUGAAGCAGCAGGUGAAGGCAAAGAAAAGAAAAUAAAAGCUCUUUCUUUUCUCUCCUUCCCCUUCUCUCUCUCUCCUCUGUAAAACUAAGCCCCCCUUUCCUUUCCUUUCAUUUCCUUUCGUCCUCCCCCCUUCUUUCCCACCCUCAACGCUCACAUUCAUUCUUUGCUUCUUCCUUUUAUAUCACGAGAUCCCCAUCUCUUUCCCUUUCUCUCCUCUCUCUCUCUCUCUCUCUCUCUCUCUCUGUGAUGUCUUCUUCAGAGACAUUUCUGGGUUUGUGUUGUUUGUAUCGCUCGUUUACCGCUCGCUUCUGCUUCCUUUGUUUUUCUAUUCCCAUUCACAGACAUUGCUGACAUCAUUAGGAAUAGUGCUGUGAUAACUUGCGGGGAAGGGGGUAUCUUAAGUUGAGGGACAAAGAGAGGAUACAAUUCACUUUGAGCUUUGAUCUUGUUUCCUUACUCAGAAAAUGUCGCAUUCCGGGAAGCCCAUUGGGGACCUAGGCAUCGACGCGCUAACCGAUCAGCUCCGUGACUCUCUUUGUUCUCUCGAAGCCAACAAGCCUGAUUUUCGUGAGCUCGAUCUGGGUUCGCCCGUUUCUCCUCUCCGAACUCGUGGCCUCAACACUACCGCCACCACCACCACUACGACUACAACAACCAGCUCUAGCUCUAGCUCAUCUGGAUCCGUGUCCGGCAGCCGAAAUGUGCACAACCCAGGUCACAAAUCCAGCCAUUCUGGCGAGCUUUCCAACUCCACUGAAACCAGCCCCACAACUUCUAUCAGAAAUCCCAAACAGGGUACCUCCAGAUCCGACCCGCUAAUUUACUCUGGUGGUGGCAGCCAGAGCUCGGUGAACUCUCCUGCACAUGUUAAUGUACUUCCCACUGGGAACAUCUGCCCCUCAGGAAGGAUCUUAAAGACAGGCAUGGCAAUGAGCAAUCGGAGUACCAAGACGGACGUUUUGGGAUCGGGAACAGGAAAUUACGGGCACGGCAGCAUAAUGCGGGGUGGUGGAACGACAAAGUCCGGUAAUUUGGAUGCGGGAAAUUCCAUGGGUAGCAGUGCUAGUCCUGUCCGGGGAAAUGUUGGUGGCGCAAGGGUGGGCGGUGUGGAUCCGGAGGAGGUGAAGAGGGCCGGGAAUGAAAUGUAUAAGAAAGGCCAUUUUGGGGAAGCAUUAGUGUUGUAUGACAGGGCUAUUGCUUUGGCGCCGGGAAAUGCAGCUUACAGAAGUAACCGGGCGGCAGCAUUGAUGGGUUUGGGAAGAGUGGCGGAAGCAGUGAGGGAGUGUGAGGAGGCAGUGAGGUUGGAUCCUAAUUAUUGGAGGGCGCAUCAGAGGUUGGGGUCUUUGUUUGUUAGGUUAGGACAGGUUGAGAAUGCGAGGAAGCACCUAUGCUUUCCUGGGCAUCAUCCAGAUCCUUCUGAAUUGCAGAAGUUGCAGUUGGUAGAGAAGCAUCUAAUCAAAUGUUCAGAUGCCCGAAAGGUCAAUGAUUGGAAAAAUGCAUUAAGGGAAGGUGAAGCUGCUAUUGCUGCUGGGGCCGAUUAUUGUCCUCAGCUCUUUAUGUGUAGAGCUGAAGCUCUUUUAAAGCUCCACCAACUCGAAGAUGCCGAAUCAUGCCUUUCUAAUAUUCCAAAGUUAGAACCAUGUAGCAGCUCUUGCUCACAGAGCAGGUUUUUUGGGAUGCUUUCUGAAGCUUACAUUUUCUUAGUUCGAGCACAAAUUGAGAUGACCAUGGGAAGGUUUGAGAAUGCGCUUACAGUUGCUGAGAAAGCUGGACAGAUCGAUCCACGAAAUGUUGAAGUUGCUGUGCUGCUUCACAAUGUGAGAUUGGUGGCAAGAGCUCGAACCCGUGGAAAUGAACUCUUCAAAUCUGAGAGGUACACUGAAGCUUGCUCAGCAUAUGGGGAAGGCCUCAGAAUUGAUCCUUCAAACCCUGUUCUCUACUGCAAUAGAGCAGCUUGCUGGUUUAAGCUUGGACUGUGGGACAGGUCUAUCGAUGACUGCAACCAAGCAUUGGGCAUACAACCUAAUUAUGCAAAAGCCCUUCUUCGAAGAGCUGCCUCAAAUAGCAAGCUAGAAAGGUGGGCUGAUGCAGUGAGGGAUUAUGAAGUUCUGAGGAGGGAACUUCCAGAUGACAGUGAAGUUGCGGAAUCUCUAUUUCAUGCCCAGGUUGCAUUGAAGAAAUCACGUGGAGAAGAAGUGUAUAAUAUGAAGUUUGGUGGUGAAGUGGAGGAAGUACUGGGAUUUGAACAGUUCAGAGCUGCAAUAUCUUUGCCUGGUGUGUCAGUAGUUCAUUUCAAAUCAGCCUCUAAUUUGCACUGCAAACAAAUAUCUCCAUUUGUGGAUACGCUAUGUGGGCGCUAUCCAUCUAUAAAUUUUCUCAAGGUGGAUAUUGAUAACAACCCAGCAGUUGCAAAUGCUGAAAAUGUGAGGAUUGUACCAACAUUCAAGAUAUACAAGAAUGGCAGUCGAGUGAAGGAGAUUGUUUGCCCAAGUCAUGAUAUGUUAGAACACUCGGUGAGGCAUUACAGCUUUUAGAAAACUCAUGGCUUCGUAUGUACCACUGUUGUCUCAGUUUUCACAUUUUCUUGUUGCUAAGCAAAAGCCAAUCCCUCCAGUCUUUCCUCCUCCCACCUUGUAAGGAUUACCAGAUACCUGUCACAAAAUAAUCCAUUAGCGGCCAUUGCCAGAGGAACCCACAUAGAUAUAAUAGCUUAGUUCUCCUUUAGCCGUUUUAAUUUAUUCAUUCAUUCCACCAUUGCUAGUACUCUGGUUCCAUGUUCUUCCUCCUCUUGCUUUUUGUAUGCUCUUUGGCUUUUUCUUCUUUUUUUUGCCCUCAUUUUCUUGUAGGCCAGCCUGUUAUUGUAUCCCCACUUGGAUUGAGAAAGAAAAAGUGAAAAAGGACAAAGGAAAGGAGAAAACAGAUGUAAAAUUGAUUAGAGAGAGAGUGGCAGGCUGGUAGAAGAGGAUAUUGUACAUGUAUAUAUGUGAUGUAUACAGAAAGAAUUGGAAGGCUUUGUGGGAGAUUGGAUGACUGUUGCGGUGGCUACUUAAUGGGAGGGUUAGCUAAACAAGGAUAAACAUAUGUUGUUAUUAAUACUGUUUCUUUUCUCCACCAUUCCAUUUUAUCAAUAAUAAAAAAAAAUAUCCCCAUUUUUUUCAUUUCA